UUAUUAGCAUUUUCAUCAGUUCUUCAAAUUUCUUUUAUCUCUACGCAUUUCACCUUUCCACCAAAAUUUGCGUGUUCGCACUCCAGCUUGGUAGUUUUAUCGCUAGUUCGGGGUUGAGUCUAGUUUUCCCGAAUCAUUUAAUGGACAAAUACAAGCAAUAUGAACGCGUAUUCAAUCACUUCGAUGAAGAUGGAGACAUGAAAAUAUCGCCUUUUGAGCUUCAAAAGUGUGUUGGCUUAAUAGGUGGGGUGAUGUCCCUAGAAGAGGCGGAGGCGACCAUCACGUCGAUCGACUUAGACGGGGAUGGGUUGUUGCGUUUGGAGGAUUUUGUGAAGCUAGUUGAAGGAGCCGGAGAAGAAGAAAAGGAAAAUGAUUUGAAGGAGGCCUUUGCAAUGUAUGAAAUGGAGAGGAGUGGAUGUAUAUUACCAGAGAGUUUGAAGAGAAUGCUUAGUAGAUUAGGAGAAGCUAAAACCAUUGAGGAAUGUAAAUUGAUGAUAGCUCAUUACGAUAUCAAUGGGGAUGGACAACUCAAUUUUGAUGAGUUUAAGAUUAUGAUGUCUAGUUAGUCCUAAUUGGUUUCCUGUCCUUCAUAAUUGUCAUUCAUUCAUUGAUUGUAUAAGUUAUUAAACACAUUGUUUCUGCGGGCUACUUCGUGCACAAUA